GCCUUGUGGGAGGUGUAGUUUUGCGGACUUGGAAGCCGCGGCGCUCGGCCGGAUGAACACUCGGUUUCCCAGAGGGCUGAGCGCGCCGCAUGGGCGGGCGGCGCCGACCAAGAUGGAUACGGCCGUGCCGCCUUCGAACUGUUGAGCAGCUGAACAGAGCCAUGCCAGGGGCACUCCGAGGCCUGAGACCACCAUACCUGUGCCACUGAGGACCUUCAUCAAGGAUCCGCCCACCUGGCAGUCCAAUCACACUCCAGUGUCAACCACUGGUACCCAGCAGCCAAGGGAGGUGUGACGUGGUCUUGGGAACGCAUGGCUGAGGCAGGGACAGAGGAACCGACCCCCAGCGUGGAGGGGGCGCAUGAGACGGAGUAUGACACACUGCCUUCUGACACAGUCUCCCUCAGUGACUCGGACUCUGACCUCAGCUUGCCUGGCGGUGCUGAAGUAGAAGCGCUGUCCCCGAUGGGGCUGCCUAGGGAGGAGGAUUCAGGUCCCGAUGAGCCGCCCUCACCCCCCUCGGGCCUCCUUCUCACAUCCACGGUGCAGCCGUUCCAUCUGAGAGGCAUGAGCUCCACCUUCUCCCAGCGAAGCCAUGACAUCUUUGACUUCCUGGAGGGGGCAGCCAGGCAGGCUCUACCCUCUGUGGCCCACACCAGUAUGAGUGACAGUGGAGGCUUCAAGCGGCCCCUGGUGCCCUCAGGCCGGCCUCCAGUGGAAGGCCUGGGCAGGGCCCAUUGGAGCCCAGCCUCCUCGAAGGUGCCUCCAGUCCCCGACUACGUGGCACACCCCGAGCGCUGGACCAAGUACAGCCUGGAAGGUGUGACCGAGGUCAGCGAGCAGAGCAAUCAGGCUGCCGCCCUGGCCUUCCUGGGCUCCCAGAGCGUGGCUGCCUCUACUGACUGCAUGCCCUCCUUCAACCAGGACCCCUCCAGCUGUGGGGAAGGGAGGGUCGUCUUCACCAAACCAGCCCGAGGGGUUGAGGCCAGACACGAGAGGAAGAGGGUCCUGGGUAAAGCAGGAGAGCCAGGGAGGGGCGGCCUUGGGAACCCUGCCCCAGACAGGGGCGAGGGCCCGGUGGAGCUGGCCCAUCUGGCCAGGCCCGGGAGCCCAGAGGCCGAGGAGUGGGGCAGCCCCCACGGGGGCCUGCAGGAGGUGGAGGCACCGUCAGGGCCUGUCCACGGUGGGCCUGUGCCAGGCCUCCCACCGGUGGAGACGGUUGGCUUCCACAGCAGCAGGAAGCGGAGUCGAGACCACUUCCGGAACAAGGGCAGCAGCUCCGAGGGCCCAGGCGCUGAGGUCUCAGAGGGAGACGGUGCUGCCUGACCACACUGGCCACUGCCAUCCUGCUGCCUUCCCAGGAGAGCUGGCCAAGGGGCAGCCCAGCCACUGCCCAGCUAGAGUGGGAGGAAGCCUGCAGGCUGCCUGUAGGUGGCACCGGUGGCCCUGGCUGCGGCCCUGGGCGUCAUCCUCCCAACAGAGACCUGGCUGAGCUCCUGGGGUGUGGGGUGUGGGCUGGAAGCACUGGCUGCCUGGUGGGGACAAUAAAGGUUUUGGGACUCCCUCA